CGUUACAUUGUUUCUACUUUUGCUUUGUCACAACUACACGAUGACAGAAUCUGAUGAAUUAGGUCUUGUGGAGAGAGUGUUCCUAAGGAUUGGAUCAGCGGAGACUGAUGAUCAGCUAGAGAGCUGUCUGGACAGGUUCCUUCCACCUGUGCUCCUCAAACUCAACAGCUCCGAGGAAGCUGUCCGCAAAAAGGUGAUGGAGCUGCUUGUCCAUGUAAACAAGAGGUUGAAGAGUCGACCCAAGGUGCUCCUACCUGUAGAAGAGCUGAUUAAACAGUACAGGGACCCUGACGCUACAUCCAUCAUCACGAAUUUCUCCAUUAUCUACAUAAGGAUGGGGUUUCCCAGACUGGCCCCUGAUAAGCAAGCAGAGUUAGUUCCCUUACUAUUCCGGUGUUUAGAAGGAAAACCCAAGGCCCAGCAGGAUAGCAUACUUCUUUUGAUGACCCCAGCCUUAGGGUUCAUCACCAUGCCAACAGAUCCAGAGAAAAGGAAGAACAUGUUUGAAGUGGAUGAAAAAACUCGAGCCGACAUCCUGAAUUACUUCAUGGAUGUUCUCCUCCUUCCAUAUAAUGUUCAGGGUUUGUUGAGCCAGACUUCACGACCAGCUAGUGCCCCAGCGGGUAACAGUCCAAAACCAGCCUCACCCCCAGGGCUGAGUGAGUACUCCCUUCGGCGGGUGACCGGGGACACGCCCCUGUCAGCAGAGGCCCUGGAGAAGACCAAACUUGGGAUCAUCAAGUUCCUGGGUGCCGAGCUGUUCCCAGAAAAUGCGGUCAUAUGUCACUACAUCAUUGCUUCCUCUGACACAAGGCACAGUGUUGCAACAGCUGCAGAUUUUGAAUUAAAGAGAAUCCAAGGAACUGUAGAUUGGAAUGACCUAGAGAUUGUGAGACAAUUGUUUGGUCUUUUUCAAGGAACAAUGGAUGUCAAAGGCCAGCCCCCUACCAAACCAGAACUGAAGCGGACCCCAGCAUGCACCAGAAUUCGACUGAAAAUCUUCCCAAUCUUCCUUAGAUCCAGGGAGGCAGCCUGUGUUUUCCCAUCAUGUGUCCAGGUUAUUUUUGACUGCUUAUAUGGUCAGAACACAAAUGCCAAGCUGAAGAACAUGGCUGUACAGUUUGUUCAUCAUGUUUGCUUCAAUUGCAAAGACAACAAAUUUCAACCAAUCAGCUCGGUCCUACUGUCUGGGAUGAUGAAGCUGAUCUCGGAGACCAAGGAUGACUCGAAACUCCGCAGUCUGGCCUAUGUUGCCGUGGGUAAAAUCGUCAGGCGAGCUCCACAGCUAGUAAAGAAGGACAUUGGACUCGCCCAGAAACUGUUUGAUGCUAUUGGCCAGGAAGAUGCUGAGUCUCGGUUAGCUGUUCAAGAAGCAUUGUCUCUGAUGUCAUCAGCCUACACAGAUAUUGACCAAUCAGCUCGCAUUCUGAUGGAGGCACUAAUUACCCAAAAUAUAGAAAAGGAUGAAGCCCAAGCAAGAACUAUGGCUGUUCAGUAUGCCAAGGUUGUUUUCCCAGCGGAUCACGUCCCAUCUCGCUUCAUUCUGCUCCUGGCUUGUGGUGAUAACAAGGAAGACAUUCAGGUCGAGGCCAGGAAGGCCCUGUAUGGUGAGAAAAAGCGAGAUAAAGAUGGGAACGAGGUGGAGAGGGAGGAUGUUGUACUGCCGGAUUUCUCUAAAAUAAUGAACUACAUCAACACACAGGUCCAGCAGAGGACUGCCUCACAAAGACUCCACACGGUAGGAAGUCAGAAGCUGCCCUUCUCUCCAGCAGCCUACGAACAGAUGAUCCUGUACCUGCGGCUGUGCCUGGUCCACGGCGGGGGGAUCUCCUGUGACACAGACUCACUCUCCUCCAUGCAGGACUCCUCCCCCCAGGUCGCCCGCUAUGUCCGUCCGCUCCUCCAGGCCGACUCCAGCGAGAACGCCCCCGUCAUCUUGUACCUCAACUUUAACCAGAAACUACUCAGUGCUGUUGGAGGCCCUGUGUCCAUGUUUUGUUUGUUGGAGCUGGUAGCUGUAGCCCCUGACAUGUUGGCCUCAAAGUUCAUCUCUCAGCUCAACUGGAUAAAGAGUUAUGUGUUUUCCUCGCGAGAAGAUCUGAAAAGUUACGCCAGUCAGCUGUUGGCCAUUGUCACAUGUUGUCAACCCGAGGCUGAUGUUCUUGAAACUCUCACUGACUUCCUAUCCAAAAUGUCUGACAAGAAUUUUGAGGUACAGCAAGGUUCUAUUUUGGCCCAAGGUUACCUUAUUGGACGGUAUUUAAGGGGGAAGAGAGAAGAACUGAGUUCAGCUGUCCUCACAGUGGUGGUAGACUCCAUCAAACAGUUGGUAAACAUCAUUAAGACAGCAACAGAACUGAAUGUGACUCUCGUGUCGAGUGCCUGUCUGUCCCUGGGAGAAAUCAGUAGGAACAUGGCACUGCCUCUGCCCUCUGGGGAGGAAAGUGACAAUGAAGGGGAGAUAACCAAGAUGUCUAUACUAAACAUGCUCCUGAAGCUGAUCAAAUCCUCGAGUCAGAACAACAAGGUAAAGGAGCGUGCAGCCUUGACCAUGGGACAGAUGUGUGUGGGGGAUGCACUCUUCCCAUUCAGGAGGAAAGUCUUACAAUACUUGAUGGAUUCUAUACAGCCCAAACAGAUCGAGCUCCACCUGACCACUGCCGAGGCCUUGGUGUUUGCUGCCAUGGGAGUGAACUCUCCCGCUGCUCGUGACGCCUGGACUCAGACUGAAUCUGACUAUCAGAAGAGCAUCAGUCCGGGUGAGGAUGAUGUGGAGUGGUAUAUGGAAACCAUCCUCACAAAGUCCAUCGUCAGUGCCAACCCUCACCUGAGACAGGCGGCUUGUAUCUGGCUGCUGACUCUGGUGAAGAAAUGUGGACAGCACUCCGUUAUACAGAGCAAACUCAGCCAGCUUCAAUCGGCAUUCAUGAGCAUGUUGUCUGAGAACGAUGAUGUAACACAAGACAUCGCCUCCAAAGGGCUGGGUAUGAUUUACGAGAUUUCAAGCUCACAACAGAAGGACUCGUUGGUGUCUGAACUCGUGGAGACACUUACCACAGGAAAAAGUUCUAAGAAGGAAGUAACUGGAGAUACAGCAGUGUUUGAGGAUGGAGCCAUGGGCAAAACUCCUGACGGUGGAGGGAUCUCAACCUACAGAGAACUCUGCUCCAUCGCUAACGACCUCAACCAGCCUGACCUUAUCUACAAGUUCAUGCAUCUGGCCAAUCACAAUGCCAUGUGGAAUUCCAGAAAGGGGGCAGCGUUUGGGUUCAGUACGAUUGCUGCCCAGGCCGGUGAGCAGCUCCAGCCCUUCCUGUCCCAGAUUGUCCCCAAGCUGUACCGCUACCAGUUUGACCCCAAUCCGAGGAUUCAGCAAGCCAUGGGCUCCAUCUGGAACGCCCUGGUCAAGGACAACAAAAACACGGUGGAUACGUACAUGAAGGAAAUUUUGAGAGACCUGUUGAUGAACUUGACAAGUACCCAGUGGAGAGUUCGUGAGUCCAGCUGUCUUGCUGUGAACGAUUUGUUACGAGGAAGACCAUUGGACGAUGUGGUUGACCAACUUCCAGAAUUGUGGGAGACAUGCUUAAGGGUCAGAGAUGAUAUCAAGGAGACUGUAAGGAAUGCUGCUGACUUAGCCUGUAGAUCUCUGAGUCGGGCCUCCAUCAAGAUCUGUGAUGUUAACUAUGGUAAGAUGGGGGAGAAGGCCACCAGCCUGGUACUGCCCUGUCUGUUAAAGGUCAGCACACACAGCCCUGUACCAGAGGUCAGGGCCAUUGGAUUAUCAACAUUGUUGAAGAUUAGUAAGAAUGCUGGCCCCCUUUUGAGACCCCAUAUUGCUGUUCUGGUGACUGCCCUUCUAGAGGCUGUGAGUGGCUUAGAGCCACAGGUCAUGAACUAUUUCAGUCUCAGGAUUGCUGGCAGUGAGGAGGCCCAGGAGAGGCUGGACAGUGCACGCAUUGCUGCCUCCAAAAUGUCCCCCAUGAUGGAGACAGUCAACUAUUGUGUGCAAUUUGUAAAUGCGGAUGUUUUGGUUGAAUUGGUUCCACGGUUGACUGAUCUCAUCAAAAGUGGCAUCGGCAUAGGAACCAAGGCGGGAUGUUCCAGUCUAGUGGUGUCACUGGUCCAUCACUGUCCGUUAGAUCUAACACCUCAUGCAGGGAAGCUGAUGAGUGCCUUUUUGUCUGGACUGAGUGAUAGAAAUGCCUCAAUCAGAAAAUCAUAUGCCUCAGCUCUAGGUCAGCUAGUUAAGGUUGCCAAGGACAGCAGCGUGGAGAAGUUGAUUGGUCGAUUAAGGACAUGGUAUCUGGAGAAGGAAGAGGAAUCGGUAAGGUCUGCUUGUGGUCUAACUCUGGCGGCCAUUUCUCAGUACAACCCUGAUGUCCUCAAAAGGCACGCUGCACUAGCUUUACCCCUGGCCUUCUUUGCAAUGCAUGAGAAAGAGCCUGAGAAUACUGACAAAACGGAGAAGAAAACCUCAGUGUGGGAGGAGGUCUGGAUAGACGCUACACCAGGUACGGAGGCUGGUCUGCGCCUGUAUCUGGAGGAGAUCGUCAGCCUGCUGGGGGAAACCAUCACCUCACAGUCCUGGUCCACCAAGGCCCAGGCAGCUGCCGCCAUGAGCUCCGUGGCAUCCACCCUGAAGGAGCGCCUGGGGCCGCCACAUCUAGGGCACCUGCUGAACACACUGCUGGCAGGUCUGUAUGGGAGGACAUGGACAGGAAAGGAGGCACUACUGCAGGCUAUUGACACAGUCUGUACUUACUGCAGGGAAGCAUUACAGAAUGAGUCAGACAAGGAACAACCUACAGUCGCCACGGUUGUUGAGGCAGUGAUGAAGGAAUGUAAAAAAGAGAACAUUUCCUACAAAGUGGAGGCUAUGAAGUGUAUAGGGAACCUGCUAGAGGGUUACAAAGUGGAUCAGUUUAAAGACAUGUGGACUCUAAUCACACCGGUUCUAGAAUCAAAACCAGAAGAUGAAGAAGAGCGCAGUAAGAGAGAGUUACAGAUAGACUGUUAUUUUGAAGUGUUGGGACAAGCCUGGCCCCACAACCCCACUACUCAAGAUGAAUACUCCUCAAAGUUUUGUUGUUUGUUGUGUGAAUCCAUUCCUCAACAUGUGUGGAAAGUCCAGCUCUGUAUAUUGAAAUCCCUACACAAGUUUAUUGAACGCUAUCACAGAUUUGAUUCCGAGGAAGCUUUUAAGCAGUCUGGGACAGACAGAGACAUUGUGGUCACAAUUCUUAAAUCCAUACUACCUUGCAUAGGCAACAAAAAAUACAGUGCAAUAAGAUCCCAAGCAUUGGAUAUCUUGGAGUUACUUAUUAAAAAGACAGAAAAUGUGGGUGUCAGUCCCCCCUCUGUUCUCACUGUGGCAGGAUUGUUCGAGGCCCUGGAGGAGCUACCCAAAGAUCUGACUGAUAGAGGGCGCUCCAUACUGCAGAAAAUCAAAGUACCGGAGCCUAUGGAGACCUCGUGAUGACUGUGAUACUGUAACAUUCUCAAAUAGAUACCAAAUAAAUUUGUCAUUUUA